GGUAUGGAAAAAGAGAAAGCCAUAGGCAUCGAUCUGGGAACAACUUAUAGCUGUGUGGGAGUAUGGGAAAAUGGCAGAGUUGAAAUCAUUGUUAAUGACCAAGGAAAUAGAACUACACCUUCCAUGGUUGCUUUCACAGCCAAGGAAAGACUUGUCGGAGACGCUGCCAAGUUUCAAAUUUCUUCUAAUCCUCUUAACACAAUCUUCGAUGUGAAAAGACUCAUUGGAAGGCAAUUUACUGAUUCUUCAGUGCAGGCCGACAUGAAACUGUGGCCUUUCAGAGUUGUUACGCAGAAAAAUGACAAGCCAAUGAUCCAAGUGAGGUACAAGGGUGAGAAGAAACUCUUUGCGCCAGAGGAAAUCUCAUCCAUGGUCUUAAUGAAAAUGAAGACUCUAGCUGAACAGUAUUUAGGAAGUGAGGUGAAAAAUGCAGUCAUUACAGUGCCUGCCUACUUCAGUGACUCCCAAAGGAAGACGACUAAAGACGCUGGCCUUUUUGCAGGUCUAAAUGUAAUGCGGAUCAUCAAUGAGCCCACCGCUGCAGCCUUCACUUAUGGCUUUGGUAGAGCUAAGCAAGAGAAAAAACAUAUUCUGGUGUUUGACCUUGGUGGAGGUACGUUUGAUGUAUCUAUAAUUGUAGUUCGUAUAUGCAAUUUUGAGGUGAAAGCAGUUGGGGGAGAGGCGCAUUUGGGAGGUGAAGAUUUUGACAAUAGGAUGCUCGCCUACUGUGUCCAAACUUUCAACAGAAAGUACAAAACAAAUCUAAGCAGGAGCGCCAAAGCUCUUCGGCGACUGCGUUCAGAGUGUGAGAGGGCAAAGAGAAGUUUAUCUUCGGUGGUAGAGACUGUGAUUGAUAUUGACUGUCUCUACGAAGGACAUGAUUUUUUCUUGAAGAUCAGGAGAGCAAAGUUUGAAGAGCUCAACCUUGAUUUAUUUGAGCAGUGUAUGGAAGUUGUGAAGAAAUGCGUGGAAGACGCCAAGUUGAGCAAGAGACAAAUUGACGAUAUUGUAUUAGUAGGGGGUUCAUCACGAAUACCAAAGGUGCAGGAAAUGGUUCGAGAUUUCUUCGAUGGGAAGGAGCUGUGCAGAGGUGUAAAUCCUGACGAGGCAGUAGCUUACGGUGCUGCGCUUGAGGCAGCUGUGCUCAGCAAGGAGGACGUACACAUUGAUGUCAUGGUGGAUGUCACACCUUUGAGUCUUGGAAUCGCAGUGUGUGGUGGUGUGAUGCAUCCAGUUGUUCCCCGAAAUACCCCACUUCCAACUCGGAAGAAGACAUCCGUCACCACGCCGCAUGACGAUCAGAUAGCUGUAAGUUUUCAAGUUUACGAAGGUGAAAGACCUUUGGUUGCAGACAACAAUCUUUUAGGAAAAUUUGUAUUGACAGGGAUUCCCCCUGCCCCGGCCGGAGUGUCAAGUAUUAAAGUUUGCUUUCAAGUGGACGAAGAUGGAAUUCUGAGCGUUUCAGCCCACGACAAGGGAAGUGGAGCAAGCAAUGAGAUUACCAUUACUAAUGAAGGUGGGAGACUGAGCAUUCAUGAGAUUGAUAAAAUGGUAGCGGACGCAGAAAAAUUUCACAGGGAGGACGAAGAAGAGAGGGAAAAGCAUGUUGCCAAAAACGCCCUUGAAUGUUACGUGUCGAACAUGAGAAAGAGGGCGAUGAAAGCAAAGAGUGAAGGCUCCAUGGACGCUGAUCAUCAUCUUAUAUCAACCAUCACUGCCGUUGAAGAAUGGUUAGAUGACAACUCUUCUGCUACAGUCGUUCAACUCCAUGACAAAUUGAGAGAAGUGGAAUUGAAAUGUCUGCCUUUGUUUUCCUCCAAGCGCUUUAGGUUUUACUAAAGCGGACGAACGGAAAUAACAUCUCAACUAGUGGGGUAUGACAAGAAACGACAGAACUCCUUUUUUGUGUUUUGAGGUAACAGUAACCAGGUUUUGACAUUAACAUUAAAGAUGU